GAUAACGAUAUUUUUCAGCAAAUGUGACCAAUCAAUACCGCGAUAACACUUCGUCAAUGAGAAAAGUAACAUGGCCGCCGACGAAGGUCACAAGAUGGAUAACUUGUCACGUAUUCCAUCAGCAUCUUGUACAAAGGUGUUUGUUCAGCGGGACUACCUGGAUGGCACUGGGGUCAAGUUCCAGAACAAGUUUCCUCUGGAACUGGAGGGAAAGGUUGACCGUGGCAGCUUUGAGCAGACCAUCAACAGUUUGAACACAAUGUACGCUGAGGCUGAAAGCCUGGGAGGGAGAACCUAUUGUGAAAGCUGCUUUGCCUGUCUGACAGCGUAUCUUGCAUAUCUCUGUAUCGAUACAUAUUACGAGAAGUGUCUGAAGAAAAUCAAACGUUAUAUUGAGACUCAGAACGAGUCUGUGUACGUCCCAAGAGGGCUGAUGCUGGUGGACCCUGUGGAGAGGGGACUGAGAGUUCUGGAGAUCUGUGUCCUGAGUGAAAACAACCACCGAUGAUCUGACAGCUGCAGGCAUAUCGUUCAUCUUUGACUUCAUCCUCUGCGUCAUCACCUUCAUCAGUCUUCAGGUCCUGCUGUAACACUGCUGUCUGUUCUCUGCCUGGAUCAGACAUCAACUACAGACUCACUGGAAAUCCACCUGCAUGUCAUAAGGGGGAUCACUGUAACCCACAGUGCCACAACUUGGGCAGAGUUAUGUCCCUUAGGUGCCCGAAUGUGUUGGCUCUAGGUUGGAAUCCUAACUUCACCAUGACUUACCAUUUGUUACCUCAUGCCUGUGUUUAUGGUUUCAUCAUAGUGAUAAACAUUUAAGACCUGCUUAAAAGCUGUCUAACUCAAUAAACUGACACACUUUUCUAUGACUGAGUGGAGGUAACUUGCCAUUUCACUCAUUUCGUUUUAACAUGUAAUUAAGUUGAAAUAUUACUGCUUAAAGACCUGCUAUCAAGGAGAUCAGUCUAAGCAAUAGAUUUUAAUCAAGGAUCAAAUUAUGAAGAAAUAUCUUGUGAAUUGAAUUGAAUAUAAAAGAUAUAUGAAAAAGACUAUUUGUAUGUAUUUGAAAUAGUGAAUGUCUAGCAGUGUAUGAAAUUAACCAGUUCUUGAAUACAUGCAGGAUUGGAGCUACAGAGAACAUGUUGAAAAAUAUGAUGAAAUAUUUUACGCAAAAAAUCUCGGGUAAUGAUAAAAGAAAUCCAUCACCUUAUUUCCAGCCAUCCUGAUAUAUCAGUUUAGUCAAGAAAGCCUUCUUCACAAUCACAAGUAAGGACUUAAGGUGUGGUUCUUUGACUUGGUUUAUAUAUUUUCUAUAUAUAAAACAUAGGCAUGAUUUGGUCAGUGAUGAAAAAUGUUGGGGUUUUUAAUUUUAAAUAUGUUUACUUUUAGUGGUCACAAAAUAGAAUACUUGGUAGGGUUGGAACAAAUAGGGAGGAAACCGUGGUAACUGUUAUUAAAGGAUACUCUCUUUUAUCAGCUUUUAUGCCAUACCAGUGAUACUGUAUUUGUUUCAUUGGAUGGUCUUGGCAGGAAAAUAAAAAGGACUGCUCAUCAUUUUGAUUUUAUUCCACAUUUGUAAAAUGUAGUGUCAUAAACUGUUAACUGUGGACCAUAAAUCAAUUUCUUUUAAGAAAACCUGUUUCAACUAAACUGUUAAUGCAUAUUUCUUUUAAUGCAUUCUCAAACAAGGGAAGGCAUCUUGGCUGUGUAAUAGCACCUGUUGACUUGAUUCAAAUAAGCUUAGAUUGUUAGUGCUGUAGCCUAGUUCCCCCUUACAUGUAUGAUGGAGAUUUGCAGUAUCUUGUAUGAAAGUCAUUUGUCUUUGUUGACCCAUGUUUGGCGAAUGAGCGACCAAAAUGACUUGUUCAUACAUGUUCAUCCCAACUACACAGAACAAUGGUCAUUAUGUCAAUCACUCCAAUGUGUGGCCCAGGCUUAAUAACUUAUGGACUGAUAUCAUUGAACUGAUAUAUUGCUGAGUACGGUUUUAGACAACAGACAAACAAUCAACUGCAGUAAGCUUGGAUAGACAGGUAUGUUUCUGACCAAACACAGAUAUAACAAAGCUGAACAACACUGGAUGUUUUUUUGUUUUUUUAUGCACAGGUGCCUGAGAAUCAAGUCUCGUGUUUCUUCUUGUGCAAAAUUUUUGCCAUGGUCACUUUGGAUUCAGUUUUGUUUACGUAGAGCAAUAGAUAUAAUUGCGACUGUAUUCACUAGUUACUCUGCAUCAUCAACCAUCUCCAUCACCUGCUACUUAGAUGCAGUUGUAUUGCUCACUGUCCAUACAUUUCACAUACACAUGAAUCAUGGGUCAUCUGGAAGUGCCAUUGAUUGGAAAAGUCACCAUUGAUACAU